AUGGCAGACGCAGGUCUACCAGCAGGAUGGGAAGUUCGCACAUCGAAAUCUAAGAACAUCCCUUAUUAUUUCAACGAAGCCCAAACCAUAUCAAGCUGGGAGCCUCCAGCAAACACUGAUACCGAAAAGUUGAAGGCAUAUAUGGCUGAGAACUACAGUGUCUCAGAGAUUGGGGAUAGUGCCAAUGGUCAAGAUGAGAACCAUGGAAAGAUUAGAGCUAGCCAUUUAUUGGUUAAGCAUAAGGGUAGUAGACGACCGAGCAGUUGGCGCGAGGCUGAAAUCACACGCACAAAGGAGGAGGCCAUGAGUAUUAUUCUUCAACACGAAGCUCAUAUUCGUUCUGGUUCUACAUCAUUGGGGGAUCUCGCCGUUAGGGAAUCUGAUUGUAGCUCUGCUCGCAAGAUGGGAGAUCUUGGUUUCUUUGGAAGAGGGGAUAUGCAGAAAGAGUUUGAGGAAGCAGCUUUUGCCUUGAAGCCAGGUGAAGUUAGCCAUGUAGUUGAGACUGCUUCUGGUUUGCAUUUGAUUGAAAGACUUGCGUAA